CAGUAAUAUGAUUAAUCUUACUUUAUAAAAUACAUUAAAAGAAAUCUUGAGCUUGUAGGCAUAAUUAGGUUAUAAACCUUUGGUGGGCGAUAAGCCAAGCCAAUUACAUUGUCAACGGUUAUGUCGUAUUAGAAGGAUUUAUUUCGUUUUCAAUCGUAUUAUUUUGAUAAAAUAUAGGUAAUGUGAUGAUAUUGUAUCGUCCGUAUGCUAUUUUUAUCAAUUUCCAUAAGUGGAUGUGCCGAGAAACCCAAGCUUGCGACGUGUCUAAUGGCGCUGACGGGAGAAUUUCGCGCGCGAUUGUGACGGAUUCGUGGCAUUUUUUAACGCUUCUCUUUCAAUUAUAUUAGUGUUUUAAUGAUGCUUAAUGAAAGUUAAUGUUUCCUAGUGAACGUAAAACAUUAUAUUAUAAGAAUUAUUGGUUUAAAUCCAUUAAAUAACAGCCUCUGAAAAAAAUCUCCCGCCAAUCAGCAGGGGGCACGCUGCGGGAUUCUUUGCUCUGAAAGGGUGUUUAGCUGCUAUUUAUUUUAUAAUUAAGUAAUCUAUACGACUCUAGAGAGCUCGCUAUUAAAAUAGAAUGCUUGCGUUUUACGAUAAAUUUGGAAUUAUGCCCUCAAUUACGGUUGUCAAGUGACAUAACCCUAUUUGCUGAGGAGAUAGAGUGCCAGUUGUCUGAGUCCAACUACAAUGGCACAAACUGGUUCCGUCUGUGAAUCCAGUGAAAAGCGCUUGACCUUGAAAAGAAAAAGAAAUUCCACUGACGAUGAGUUGGAGAACAUGCCACCGCUGAAGAUCUCACCAGUACUUGAAGAGGAACUUAAUGACCAGCCAGCUCACAAUGUAGUGGUAGAAUCAUCAUCCUGCUCUAGUGAUGAUGAGGGCUCUCAGUAUGGGGCUGUUGACCAGCCAAGGAGCGUAUAUACAGACCUUGAUUAUAACCCAGAUAGUUUUUUAAGCCCACCAAGUAUAUCUGACCUUCCAAAUUGUGUUCUAAGCCCUCUGGAGAAUGUGGCUAGAGGCGAGUCCACACCACACUCUAAUAAAAGGCCCAGCACAAGUAAGAUACCAUGCCCAACAUUGCCAAAACGCAAGUGUCCACUACCAAGGCUGUCCUGGGCGGACCCAGGUGAUGUGUGGAACAGCAUGUGUGACUGUGAUGCCAGAUCUAGUAAUAGGAAAAACCCAAAUAUGUUUGACAAUCACCCUAAUCUACAGCCUAGGAUGAGAGCUAUACUACUGGACUGGCUGAAUGAGGUAUGCGAAGUCUACAAACUGCAUAGAGAAACAUUUCACCUCACGGUGGACUAUGUGGACCGAUAUCUAUCGAACACUGAAGACGUGCAGAAGGGCAGGUUGCAGCUAAUAGGUAUCACAUGUCUCUUCAUAGCUGCGAAAGUGGAAGAAGUGUACCCGCCUAAGAUCGGCGAAUUCGCAUACGUCACAGACGGCGCUUGCACCACAGACGAGAUCUUACUGGAGGAGCUACUGAUCCUUAAGAUCCUGUCGUGGAGCAUCACACCUAUCACCAUCAACAGCUGGCUGAACGUGUACAUGCAGCUGGCGAGCGAGGGCAGGAGUGCCAAGCGCAGGCUGCUCGGCGAGAGCGACGUGGCCGCGAACGCAUUGCGGAGCUACACAUUCGUGUUUCCGCAGUAUUCAUCAUUAGAAUUUGUGAUAUGUGGACAAUUAAUAGACUUAGCAGUGUUGCAUGUAGAUGUGAAUCUGUUCGCGUAUAGUGCGGUCGCGGCCGCGGCUAUAGCUCACGCUUUCACCAAAGAACUAGCCAUCAGGGUGUCGGGGUAUAAUUGGGAUGUGCUGGAGCCCUGCUGGCGGUGGCUGGCGCCCUUCGCGAGCGUCAUCCGCACCGAGGGCUCGGUGUGUGUGGUGCGCGGCGGCGACGGAGAGUUCCUGCAGGCCGCCGGCGGACUCGACCUCAUCUGCCCCGACGUCAACCUUGACGAGAGCCACCGCAUACAGUCGCACAACGUCACCCUUGACAUGUUUGAUAAGGUAUACCAGAUAAUGGUAGAGCAACAGUCGGUAACGCAGACGACGAGCGAGGCGGCAACGUCUCAGGAGAGCGAGCACAUCUACCCGCCCACCCCGCCCGCCUCCGACCACAAGAGCCCCAAGACGCCCACCACCAAGACCCCGUCCACGCGACACCUGUCACCCCCGCCCGAGGCCCGGCGCCUCUCUACUGAGUGAUUCACAUUUUAUAUUAAGGUGUGUUCACUCUCAGUUUGCAAAAACAGUUGUUUAAUACUCUAUUGGUACAAAGAUACUUAACCGCGAACAGGCCAAAGUCAUCAGUUCGUUAUUUACACUGUUGUAUAGAAAUAUCAUCAAAUAUGAAAAUUAAAACUUUUUAGGUAAUCUGAUUGAUCAGUAAAGUAAGCUAAAGUGUAUUCUUACUCGGAAAAUUCUCAUGAAAACUUGACUUGGAUAUAUUUACACUAGUUGUAAUCUGCGAUGCAGCUCUACAUGUAGAAUACAUAUAAAUUUUUAGCAACAGUAGGUAGUUAUAAACUUAAUACUAAUAGCUAUUAUUAGGACUCGAUUUGACGACUAUUCGACUAUGAAACCAGACACAAUAAUUAGUAAUAAUACCUCAUGAGUACUCUUUAAGUACAAUUUUAAAUUAAAGUUGUAAUAACUUUAUCUAAUACAGUUAAAUUGUCAUCACAUGUCAACCCACAAGAAAUAGGUUACACGGUUAACUCAACUUAGCACACAUAUUGAUUUGGAAACUAUUGAUAAAAUAGCCAUAAAUAAUCUUUUAAUGACUUGAAAGUAUUACAAUCCGGCCGCAAUAGUAUCUCUCUCAAAUGGAUGUGUUUUGACUAAUGAUAAGUUUCUAAUGCUUGUGUGCUGUGGGGCUGCUUAUUAACAUACUAGGCUCUCAUAUGGCAGUUGCAGUGUGCAUGAUACUAAUAUUUCAAUUGAGAUGAGAUAGAGCCAUUAAAACAAUUAAAUAUUUUCAUUGACGCUAUUUUUGGGGUGUGAAAAGUAAUGGCUGGUUAAUAAUUUAGUAAAAAAAACUUGUUGCACCUUUUUUAGAACAAAAACUCUGUUAAGGUACUAUUUCGUAACAUAAGGCGCUCAAGUGUCUAUAAUAAAAUUUGUGAAGAAGUAAUAUUGCAAAAGAUUGAUCUAUAUAUUUUGAAAGUUUUUAUUUAUGUUUACAUUUUAGUCAUAAGAAUGUUUAGUAUUACGUCACUGUUAAAUUAUAAUAUAACAAUGUUUCAGGACUGUUAAAAAUAUUUGUUCCUACUUUGAAAACUAAUAAUAUUUUAAUGGAUGAUAUACACUUGUGCCACCAGUUAAUACUGCUUAAACAUUCCAUAUUUUAUGUUAUCACUAACAUCAUGUUUAAGUAGACAUAUCCACCGUUUUAAUUUAAAUGUUCAUGUAGAGUAGAUAGAUUUUUUCAUUUAACUUGUGAUAAAUCUAAGGUAACAUCUUUACUACAAACAAUAUUGUGGUAUGUAUCGCAAAGUUCACAUCAAACUAGUUAUGUGAAUGCAUAAUAUUGUAUUUUUUGUGUAAAUAGAAGUAAAAAUGCAUUACAAUUAAUCAUUUUUCAAUCAAUAUUAUAUUCUGUAUCUAAUCUCUUGAUAAGUGUACCACCCUGUGACCUUAUUCUCAUUACAAGAUGUUUUUACCUUUAUUGUAGCAUUACCUAACCACUCGUUACUAAACAAUCAUUUUCUUUUUUAUAUCCCCACUAUAUUAUUGAGUUUAACAUCCAAAUCAAAUGUCGCGAAAUAUAUAUUUAAUAAAUUACUCCUACUUAAUAAUUAAUUUAAUGCUUAGUCCUUGAUUUUUUUCGACUCUUUGUAAAUAUGUGAAAAUGUAAUUUAUUGAUAUAAUAAAUUGAUAAAAAAAAAGUUCACGAGACUGAUAACUAAGAGCUUUGAUUGAGUCAAAAACGUUUUAAUUGAUAAAAUCUUAUGAUUAUUGUGAAUAUAUGAUUGGCUUAUUUUAACCAAAGACUGCCACAUACUUGGAAAAGUCGACGUACUAUUUGUGUUUUCGGCAUACUUAGAAGUGGUGGCAUUUCUUAAACUGUCAUAAUAUUUUUAAAGGAACUAAAUGCAUGAAAUUUAUGCUUGACGAUAAUAUUUUUAGGUAUUAAGCAAAAAAUAUUAGUAAUCAGUCUUAAGAUGUAUCAUUAUUUCUGAGUAUAUUGAAUAAACAGCUUGUGUCUUAUGUAUUCGAUUUGUAUAACAUGUUAUGUGAUAUAUUUUCUAUGAGUAUGGGAAUGCAUGUGGUCCAAGUGCUAACUUUCUAUUUCAUUAGUGUUAGCUCAAUGUAGGUGGACUUUAUGAUGUUCCUACAUUGAACUACCACUUGGGUCUUUGACAUGUGACUUUUUUUGCAAAGUGAAAUGAUUCUUUAUUUAUCAUUUAAUGCGUAAUGUGUGAUUACAAAUGUAAAUAAAUACACAAAUCUUGGCUAACACCUUUCAAGUAACAGAUAAUUUGUAUAUGUUUAAUGCGCCGAACACACCCUACAUCUGAGCUACUUUAGCCAUGUAUAUUCUCAUAGCUAUGACUUUUUGAACUGUUCCCUAUCUGAAUCUAUUGUUUCACUCGAUUACUAGUAUAUGUAAAAAUAUCUGUUGUACAAAAUCGUAUGCACCAUAUUGUAUGGAUUUAUUAUAUUUGUAACAACUAACAUUGUACAGUGUACCUAACUCUAACAGAACCGGGUAUUGUUCGUUUUAGAAAAAUUCUGUAGAAGUAAGUUGAACGAUUACGCUUAUCCACAAAGGCGAACGCUCGCCUUAUAAAUAAGACUUAGAUUUGUUACUUUAUAUUAAAAUAAUUUAAAAUUAUAUUCUUAGUAGGAAAUGAUUAGAUUUUUAGAACUAAGUUAUUUUUAUAUCAAUUUAUUGAAGUUAAUAUAAAAAGUGAAUGAAACGACAAUAUUGUAUCCCGGAUUUCAUUGCAUGUGAUCUCAUGUCAUGUAUAAAAGAAAAUCGGAUGUUAUUGUGCAAUAACUGCAUUGAUCACAUUUUUGUAUGUACAGUUAAUUCACGGCGACAUAGUAUUAAAUAAAUGGUGUUGAUUAUUUAAAAA